UGCAUGUAUGUGUGUGUGUGUGUGUACGUGUUCUUCAGUUACCAAAAUAUUUAAUUAAUUUGUGACAGAAAUGGCACCGCCAAGACCCAACAAUCGUCCUGUGGCCCGACGCAAAAAGUCCAGCAACCUGUUGCAAACACUGCUGGACAAAUAUGUGAACUGGAACUUUGUGAAAUAUCUGAUAUUCGAGCCGGCUGCGUUGCCCAUCGUUGCAGUGCUUAUAGUUUUAGCCGAGGCGCUUAUCAACGUGCUGGUAAUUAACCGUGUGCCUUACACUGAGAUCGAUUGGGUGGCCUAUAUGCAGGAAUGUGAGGGCUUUUUGAAUGGCACCACAAACUAUGCGCUGUUGCGAGGUGACACUGGCCCACUUGUUUAUCCGGCUGCAUUUGUUUACAUUUACUCUGGUCUCUACUACAUCACAUCGCAUGGCACUAAUGUGCGUCUGGCCCAAUAUAUCUUCGCCGGCAUUUAUUUGCUGCAGAUGUCUCUCGUAUUGCGUCUCUAUGCCAAGAGUCGCAAGGUGCCGCCCUAUGUGCUGGUCUUGAGUGCCUUCACCUCGUACCGCAUACACUCGAUCUACGUUCUGAGACUGUUCAAUGAUCCUGUUGCCAUUUUACUGCUGUAUGCAUCGCUCAACCUUUUUGUGGAUCGCCGCUGGACGCUUGGCAGCGUCUUCUUCAGCUUGGCUGUUGGUGUCAAGAUGAAUAUAUUGCUAUUCGCGCCAGCCUUGUUCUUGUUUUACCUGGCCAAUCUUGGACUGCUGAAAACCGCUCUACAGCUAAUGAUUUGCGCUGUGAUUCAAGUGCUGCUAGGAGCACCUUUCCUGAUAACUCAUCCAGUGGAGUAUCUACGCGGCAGCUUCGAUUUGGGGCGCAUCUUUGAGCACAAAUGGACGGUAAACUAUCGUUUCUUGAGCAGGGAGUUCUUUGAGCAGCGUGAAUUCCAUUUAUGCCUGCUGGGAGUGCACCUGCUGUUGCUGCUCUGCUUUGCCAAGCCCACCUGGACCUUCUUCAUGAGCUAUGUGCGCUUGCGCAAGGUGCAGGAUCAGCUGUUGCCGCAAAUCGAGCGCAAGAACCGCGAACAGCAAAAGGAGAAUCAAAGGAAGCCCAAACAGUUGCCCAAGGAGCCCGAUGAGCAGCUAUCAGGCGAACAAAAGUCCUUCCUCAAAGCAUUCGAGAAGGGUCUGCAGAAGUCCACUGGAAAGAAGGCACCACAACCAGCUCCAGUGGAGCCGCAAUCCGAACGCUAUGGCAUCAACUUCGAUCAGUGCAUCCAGUUGGCGUUGCUGCCCUUCUUCCUCAGCAACUUCAUUGGCGUCGCUUGUGCCCGAUCCCUGCAUUAUCAGUUCUAUGUCUGGUACUUUCACACGUUGCCCUAUCUGGUGUGGUCAACGCCAUAUUCACUGGGCGUGCGCUAUUUGCUUCUGGGCAUCAUCGAGUACUGCUGGAACACUUAUCCCAGCACAAAUGUCUCGAGUAUUGCCCUUCAUCUUUGCCACCUCGUGCUGCUUGUGGGCGUGGCACGGCAAAUUUUCAGCACGAUGCGCUUGAAUGCCACAGUGAAGCGUCAGGAGGCGGCGACACUACAAAAUGGACAGGCGACAAAAACAACAGUGACCAGCAAGAAACUGCAAUAAGACAAUCGAAAGACUGUAGUACCUUGAAAUAAAUUGAUUUUUAAAAGAGAAA